CUCGGGUUCUAGCUCGCUUUCCGCCGAAACCGAUCGAGAAACCGAGCAGAAACGUCCCGCAGUGCAAAGCGAUCGAAAAAUUCACUGGAUUUGACACCCGCAGUGCAAAGCGAUCGAAAAAUUCACUGGAUUUGACAUAUUUCACUAUAUCGUUCUCUUUUCUUCCUAUGGCUGAGGUUCCGAUCAGGGAAUUGAGCUGCCCCUUCCUCAAGCUUCUUCGUUUCCCUUGGCCCAUGGCUGUGAAAUAUUUCGCUGCGAGGACGUUCGAACCAACCGUCAGCCGUAGUGCUGUCACUUUUCAACUAAGGCUGUCUCUUUCUAACUUUAAAAUGUUUUCAAUGGCAGUUGCGGCUCUUGUAAAAAACAUAAACAAAUCGUUGAAGAGUGCUCAGCUGUCCAGUUCCAAGUUUUGAUUUCCGAAGAUUUUGGUGUGAAAAUGGCCUCGAAACGGGACUUUUAUAGCGGUAGAGUACAACACGCUACUGCCCGCAACCGUAAGCGCCGUUUGCAGCAGUUGGAGUGGGAACGUUGGCUAGCAGAACAGCCGGAAUCAUCCAAUGCCGCUAACCGAGCGAGUGCCCUGCAAGGGAAUGAAGCUGGACCAGACCCUUCACUUCAAGGAUAUGAAGCCGGAACGGUACCGAUGGAAGUGGCCGACAAUCCCCAACCGCAGAGUGACAGCGAUGACGACAGUGUGGUUGCUGAAAGCAUCGGUGGGGACAGUGUUCCCGACGACAGCGAUCCCGGCAUCGAGACAUCGGUGCCAGAUAAUCCGUUCGGGUUAUUAUCCUAUGAGGACGGGUUGAGGCUGUGGGCACUGAAAAUCGGCCAAACACACAGUGCCUUAAACCUCUUGCUGGGGCAUUUGAGGCAGCACGACCCGGGCAGGAAAUUGCCACGGGAUGCACGGACGUUCCUGAACACGCCCGUGGCAAGAUCCACACAGUCCGCGAUUACCCCUAUCUCUGGUGGAGAGAUAUGGUACCAGGGCAUAGAAACAUGCCUUCGGUCCUAUUUUCGAUACACGCAGCCGGCCGUAGAGCGGUUCGAGAUCGACUUUUUUGUCGACGGUCUUCCGCUUUACAAAAGCAGUCGGACACAAUUCUGGCCCAUCCUCAUGGGCAUCCACAACCUGCCUAAUGCCCCGGUGAUGACGGUUCGCAUCUUUUGCGGCGAGUCAAAACCGUUAUACGCCGAGGAAUAUUUAGGACAGUUUGUGGAAGAAAUGAACGAGCUGCAGCGUGUUGGGAUCGUGAUCGGCAAACGGUACUACACUGUGCACCUACGAAGUAUUAUAGCAGAUUCUCCGGCGCGGUCAUUCAUCAAAGUGUUAAAUCGCACAACGCAUACAGCGCCUGUAUGAAGUGCACCAUCAUCACGGAAAGGGACGGUAGUCGCGUAUACUUUCCGUAUGGGGUGCCUUGCGAAUCGCGCUUACAUGGUCUGUUUUGCGAGGAUAAAUAUCCGGACCAUAAGAUCCAUAUAACACCCCUUGUAAGGCUCGACCAAUGUGACAUCAUAUGUGACAUUGUGGUUGCCGAGGCCAUGCACCUUUUUUACAAGGGUGUCAUGUGCGAAUUGUUGAUCUUGUGGACGGAAGGGUUCCGUGACCUGGGCUGUAAGAUGACGCGACGGCAGCAACGUGAAUUGUCGGCACACCUGCGUGCAUUUAAACUGCCCUCAGAUUUCCAACGGAAACUGCGCGACCUGCAAUACGUCAAACUUUGGAAAGCUUCCGAGUUUAAGAUGUUAUUGCAUGUCGCCGGUUUUGUGGUACUGAAGGGCAGAAUUAAUAAUGCAGCGUAUCGACACUUCAUGUUGCUGUUCGUCGCCGUUACCUUACUAUACACCUCCUACCAUCGUGCAAAAUGGGAACUGGCCGAUACACUGUUGCAUCGUUUUGUGAAAGACUAUGGAACAGUGUAUAGUCCAGUGCUGUUAAACAGCAACGUGCAUAAUUUGCAUCACGCGUACGAAGAUGUCCACAGAUUUGGUGACCUGCGCACCAUAUCUGCGGUAAAGUACGAAGCAAAGUUGCACGAUAUUAAGCAGCUGGUGCAUUCAGGGAGGAACAGCUUGGUUCAAGCGGCCAAUCGCCUGCAAGAACUGUGGCAAGUGGAAUAUGCCAGGCCAGGAUGCAGUUCGGCAGGUCGAGAAGAGCAAUCGGUGCGCCCGGUUGGUAGCGAUACAGUUGCUACUGUGCGGCAUGGUUUCAUGCUGCGGAAAAACUUCCGCGACCAAUGGUGCAUGACUAACUUGGGUGAUGUGGUCAUGUACGAAACGGCCACAAAAUCUGGACCAAACGUGACCGUGCAAGGGUACACGUUUUCAAACCAGGUGCCCGCUUUCACCAAACCCUGCUUCUCAGCAGAACUGAACAUAUAUGCGGCCAAUAUGGACGAUUUGGACACCGUCACACU